UGUAACUAACCUAUCCAUUAUCUAUUUAUUAGUUCUUUAUCAACUCCGGACAAUGCCACUCGCCGUCGAUUUAAGUUAGUGAUAUUCCUCUUCCCUUCUCGCCAUCGUCCCCUCAGUCGCUUCAAUUAUCAGAUAUCAGAUUGUAUAUACCAACUAGUAUAUACCUCCAUCUGUCAAGACCAUCUUUCAAGAUGGCUACCGAACGGGUCAAUUCCAUUUUGAAGCACCUAUCUCCUAGUUCACCCUUAGCUACCAUCACCUCAAAAAACCCCGACGAUGUAGUUAUCACGCUCGCGAUCCGGACACCGCUUUGUAAGGGAAAGAAGGGCGGCUUCAAGGAUACGUCCGUUGAGUACCUUAUGUAUGCCAUCUUAAAGGCCGCCCGGGAACGUCUAGGUUUCUCACCGGACCUGGUGGAGGAUAUAUGCAUGGGUAAUGUAUCGGAUGGCAAAGCAGCCUACAAGGCCCGUGCCGCGGCCCUCGCUGCCGGAUUCCCCAAUACUACGAGCGCCUCGUCCGUAAAUCGGUUUUGCUCCUCGGGUCUAAAGGCCACAGCCGAUAUUGCCCACCAGAUCGCUGCAGGCUCGAUCGAGAUCGGUAUCGCUGCUGGUACCGAAUCCAUGACUGCGGGAGGCGAUAGUCUUGAACGACCUUUCGACGAAGAAGUGACUAAGCAUAGCCAAGAAGCCGCCGACUGUAUGAUGGCCAUGGGCUGGACAAGUGAAAACGUGGCCAAGGAUUUUGGGCUGUCCCGCGAGGUUGUCGAUGAGUAUGCGGCCGAGAGCUUCAGGCGGGCCGAGCUAGCUCAAAAGGCUGGCUUUUUCGACGACGAGAUCGUGCCUAUUACUACCAAAGUAAAGGGGCCCGACGGCGAGCUGAAGACGGUUACGUUAACAAAAGACGAGGGUAUUCGACCGGGGACGACGGCUGCCGGGUUGGGAAAAAUUCGUAAUGCGUUUCCUCAAUGGGGUCCUAUCACCACGGGAGGCAAUGCCAGCCAGGUCACCGACGGCGCCGCAGCGGUAGUGCUCAUGAAACGUUCCAAGGCCACCGAGCUCGGUUUGCCGAUCAUGGCCAAAUACGUGGGGUCAACUGUUGCCGGUCUGGCUCCCAGGAUCAUGGGUAUCGGCCCAACAGUAGCGAUCCCAAAGCUACUUAAGCAGCACGGCAUUACUUUAGAUGAUGUUGACGUUGUAGAGAUUAACGAGGCGUUUGGAACCAUGGCCGUCUACUGUAGGGAAUAUCUUAAAUUGGACUGGGCCAAGAUGAAUCCCCGAGGAGGUGCCAUCGCGCUUGGUCACCCCCUCGGCACGACAGGUGCCCGGCAGAUCGUCACUGGCCUAAGCGAACUUAGACGAACUAAAAAGAAGAUUUUGUUGACGAGCAUGUGUAUCGGAACAGGAAUGGGCAUGGCUGGCCUAUUCGUUAACGAGCAAUGAUACCCGCACCGGGCGGACGCCUUUGUUUUUAGACGAGCUCACAGCAGGGUGGGAAGUGUUGGAAUUAGAUUUUAUUCCUAUCCACAAUCGAUCCAUGUACAUGUAAUCAAAAUUUACUAUAUGCACCAUG